UUUGAACAUUAUAUUAUCUUUGCAGUGGAUGAUAGUGAAUCUGAAUCCGAAGAGUUCACGGUAAGAGAUGGCUACAUUCACUAUGGUUCGACUGUCAAGUUGGUUUGUUCUGUCACAGGAAUGGCUCUUCCUCGACUGGUGAUACGCAAAGUGGACAAACAAACAGCACUUUUAGAAGCAAGUGACCCUGUAUCACAGCUUCACAAGUGUUCCUUCUACAUGAAGGACACAGAAAGAAUGUAUUUAUGCCUCUCACAGGAGAGAAUCAUACAGUUUCAGGCAACACCAUGUCCAAAAGAACCUAACAAGGAAAUGAUUAACGAUGGUGCCUCGUGGACCAUCAUCAGUACAGACAAGGCAGAGUACACAUUUUAUGAAGGUAUGGGACCUAUUCGAUCACCAGUCACUCCAGUACCAGUUGUGUUCAGUUUACACCUAAAUGGAGGAGGAGAUGUUGCAAUGUUGGAGUUGACCGGGGAGAACUUUACUCCUGUAUUAAAAGUUUGGUUUGGUGAUGUGGAAGCUGAAACAAUGUACAGGUGUCAGGAAAGUAUGCUGUGUGUGGUUCCUGAUAUCUCGGCAUUCCGUGAGGGUUGGCAGUGGGUCCACCACCCUACUCAGGUUCCAGUCUCGCUAGUGAGAAAUGAUGGAAUCAUUUACGCAACAGGCCUGACCUUUACCUACACACCUGAGCCUGGACCAAGACCUCACUGUCGUAGUGUUGAAGAAAUUCUUCGUCCCGCAAGUAGUCACACACACCCUCCGGAUGGGGAGGAACCUGGACCUUUAAUCUCCCACUAUGGACAUGUUUCAACAGUGCUUUAACAUAGCUUUAGUGUGAACGUUAUACGGAACAGAUGAAAGUGGGUUCAGUUAAUAGUGAAAAUACGGUUAAUUAUGAAAUAGCCUUCGUCUGUAUGAUGUGAUAGUGAAUGGUUUUGUAAGAAUGCAAAUUACUUCGAAAAUAGAAUCAACCGAAGGUGUUUUUCUGCUGGUUGAGAUACGUGAGUGUAGAUAUGGAUUUCUAAAAACAUAUCAAAUAAAACUGGAAAAUAUUUUGGGUUUACUUCUUAUAGAGAAAAAUGAGAGUCAUGUGUAUAUAGCAAUGACUUCAAGUAAUAUAACGCAUAGUGUUUCUUAAGCCAGAGAGUGGUGUACAACUGGUUUUUUAAAGCGUAAGAAA